UGUGUGUGCGCGCGCGCGUGCGUGCGCGUUGAGAGGCGGGCCGUGCACGCGCCACAUCUCGUUCACUAAUGGAAGUUAUUGUUGUUGCGAGUUGUUUCUAACUAUGAGGUGCACGAGAAGCGGCGUUCUCUCCUGGGCUUCCUUAUUCUUCAGCACGGACCACUGAUUUUUUUUAUUUUAUUUUAUUUUAUUUUAUUUAUUUAUUAUUAUUAUUAUCUUUUUGUGCGUGAGUGUGCGCGUGUGGAGGAUUUUAUUAUUAUUAUUAUUUUUUUUAAAACACCAAGAAAUACCAAAUCGCACGAGGAAGUAGGAGCUGAAACGGGGGAGAAAGCAGCGCGAGCGCGAGGGCGAGCGCGAGGCAGAACUGCACCACCGGGGGAUUUAAAUCGCCUGUGUUUUUUUUUUUUUCUUCUUUUUCUUCUUGUUGUUGCGAAGGAGGAAAAAAAGGAGGCACGCGGAGGGGAGAAAAAGGAGAAAUUCAUGUUGCUGUUUUAUCUUUAGCGACAUUUCUUUCUCUUUUUGGGGAGGAGGGGGUACUGGAUCACAGGAUGAGCAAGGACAGACCGAAGAGGAACAUCAUCCACAAGAGAAGAGAUGACGACAGCGAUGGGAUCCCCUGGUCGGAAGAGCGAGUGGUGCGGAAGGUCCUCUAUCUGUCGCUGAAGGAGUUUAAGAGCGCGCAGAAACGCCAGCUCUGCGACGGCCUCAGCGAUGGAGCCAAAAGUCCAAACGGUUCUCUGUCGAGUGUCCAGCUCAAUGGUUCUGGCUCUAAGGGAGGACGUAAAGAGGACGACUCUCGCUCACAGAGCACGGACGGAGGGAGCGAGUGCUGGGAGGAUGGACCGGCCAAAAAGAGACCCAGACUGCAGGCCCAGAGGAAAUUUGCUCAGUCUCAGCCCAACUCUCCCAGCAGCACGCCGGUGAAGAUGGCCGACGCGUCGCUGCCCACGCCAGCCACGCAGAUCACCGAUCUCUCCAGACGCAAGCCCAAGACCGAGGACUUCCUCACGUUCCUCUGCCUCCGAGGCUCCCCGGCUUUACCCAGUAACAUGGCCUACUUCGGCAGCUCUCAGGAUGAGGACGAGCUGGAGGACGAUGACGAAUGCGAGGAGGAGAAGCCGCCCAGCGUGGCAUCCACGUCAUGCCAGUCCACACCACGGAAAGGCAAACCUCCCGGCAGACUCAACGGACAGGUGUUUAAUGGCCACGCUAAGCUGAUGAAGGAGAGGGAGAGCACGCUGAGGCCCAAACUCAGAGAGUCGUCAAUCGGGAAGGAGCGCUCGGAGCGACUGGAGGAGUGGAGAGACGCCCCACAAUCCACCACAAGCAGAACUCACACCUCCAAUGGAGUCGGCAUUAAAGGAACCACAGAGGAACUACGCAAGCAGGUCAUUAAAGUGAAUGGCUUUUCGCAGCCAGCUCCUGCGAACAUGGCCACUGCCAAAAAGUCAAAAGACUGCCGCCUACCCUCCAGAACUGUGAAGUACACGGCCACCGUGACCAAGGGCCACGUCACCUACACCAAAGCGAAAGGAGAACUGGUAAAGAAAGCCAAACUGAACCACAGCAAACAUUCUGCUGCUGCUGCUGGCGGUAAUCAGCAUCCAGCCAGCAACGGGCAUGGUGCCCAGCCCCCUCACUCAGGGAAAGCCCCAAGUGGCAAUGCAAAAACCCGAAAACAGGUGCUGUUAUCAAACGGGCUGCAUGGUGCAGCCAAUGGGGGCGCCAGUGUUCGCUUCAACGGGAAGGUCAAUGGACUCCAUGGCUCCAAGGAGGAAGAGUUGGAGAACGAAGGCCGGCAGGGGCGGCAUGGUCUGCGCAAUUCCAAACGCAGGAUGGAUACAGGAUCGGAGGUUAUGGAGCCGAAGUCCAAGGUCUUGUUCUCAGAGGCUAAAAAGCCUAAACUGGCGUCACUUCCUGUAGUGGAGACGCGCAGCAAGAAGGUGCUAAACCAGGACAAGGCUGCAGCUGCCCUUGCUAACGGGCACAGCAUCACGGAAACAGCUGCCUCACCCACACCAAAAACAGGCCCCACCCCUGCUCCAGCCUCACCAGCUGCCCCAGGCUCCGCUCACCAGAGCCCAGCCAAUCCGGAGCCGGCAAGGCAACGGCCCAAGCGUGCCACAGCCGGGAGGCUGAUGUUCAUCCAUAGAGUGCAGCAGAGGACCAAGAGCUGGCACGCUAACUCUAAUGCUAACACUACCUCAACCAGCAGGCUCUUGAGAGGGUCAGAGCCUCAGAGCACACCUCAGCGGGUGGAGCGGGAACGUGAGAGGGAAAAGGAGCGGGAAAAGGAGCGUGAGAGAAGCCGGGCAGGCCUGGCAGCGCUGUCUGAGGUUCCCGUAUUGAGGCCCAACUCACGGGAGUUUCAGGAUCCACUGGUGUACCUGGACUCGGUGCGAGAAUGCGCAGAAGCGAGCGGGCUGUGCCGAGUGGUCCCGCCUCCCGACUGGCGUCCCGAGUGCAAGCUAAAUGACGAGAUGCGCUUCGUCACACAGGUGCAGCGGGUGCACAAGCUCGGCCGUCGCUGGGGCCCCAACGUCCAGAAACUCGCCUGCAUCAAGAAACACCUCAAAUCUCAGGGCAUCAGCAUGGAGGAGCCACCAGUCAUCGGAGGCUGUGAGGUGGACCUGGCCCGCUUCUCUGAGCUGGUCAGCGACAUGGGUGGCAUGCAGCGGGUGAUGGAUCUGAAGAAGUGGAGCCGUUUGGCGGAUCUGCUCCGGAUCCCGAGGUCGGCCCAGGAACGGCUGGCUAAGCUCCAGGAGGCCUACCUGCAGUUCCUGCUGUCCUACGACCAGCUUUCUCCGCACGAGCAGCGGCGCCUCGAGCAUGAAGUGCUGGCCGAGAAGGAGACGCUGGAGCGCCGCCGGGGGCCCCUGGAGGGUCACUCGGAGAGCGGGAACGGCCACGCCCUGGCACUGCCACGAUACGAGCCCAAGAACGGACUCCACGGACCGGGCAAGGACCCGGAGACGCCGCGUAACCCCGGACGCCGUCGACUCUUCUCUCACGAGAAGAAAAAAGAGGGUCGAGAAGAGGAAGGAAAUGACGGGGUUCUCAGCGACCAACACAAGUGUAUUUAUAAGGGGCGAUCAGUGUCUUUGACCACCUUCUACAGAAUAGCCCGGAACGCGAUGAUGUGCUUUAAUAAGGAACCCGGAGCAUCAGAAGUUGAGCAAGAGUACUGGCGGAUAGUGGAGCAGAGGGACUGCCACGUAGCGGUGCAUUAUGGGAAAGUGGACACGAGCACGCACGGAAGCGGCUUUCCUGUGGGCAAGUCCGAGCCGUUCUCGAAACACGGAUGGAACCUCACUGUCCUCCCUCACAACUCCGGCUCCAUCCUGCGCCACCUCGGUGCCGUGCCCGGGGUGACUGUUCCCUGGCUGAACAUUGGCAUGGUCUUUUCUACCUCAUGCUGGUCCCGAGACCAAAACCGCCUUCCAUACAUUGAUUACUUACACACUGGUGCUGACUGCAUUUGGUAUUCGAUUCCUGCUGAGGAGAAAGCUAAGCUUGAUAAUGUAGUGCACACGCUGCUGCAGGCCAACGGCACACCGGGACUCGAGAUGCUGGAGAAGAACAUAAUGAUCUCUCCGGAGGUGCUGAGUCGCGAGGGGAUUAAAGUUCACCGCACGGUGCAGCAGAGCGGACAGUUCGUGGUGGUUUUUCCCGGCACGUUCGUCUCCAGAGUGUGUUGUGGGUACAGUGUGUCGGAGACGGUGCACUUCGCCACGCCCCAGUGGAUGAACCUGGGUUACGAGGCUGCCAAGGAUCUGAAAUGCAGGCGCAUCGCCAAGCCCUUCUCCAUGGAGAAGCUGCUCUACCAGAUCGCCACGGCCGAGGCCAAACGAGAGAAUGCACUUCUGCUGAGUACAAUCUCCUCUCUUCUCAAAGAUCUCAGGAACAUAGAGAUGAGGCAGAGGCAGGAGCUCUACGAGGCCGGUCUGCUCUCCUCCGCCCGCUACGGCACUCACGAUAACGGGCUCGCAGACAACAGGAAGAAACCACGCAAGUGGCCGGCGCUUGAGUCGUCCGAGAGACGCUGCCAAAUGUGCCAGCACCUCUGUUACCUGUCCAUGGUGGUGCAGGAGAACGAGAACGUGGUGUUCUGUCUGGAGUGUGCACUGCGCUAUGUGGAGAAACACAAAUCCUGCCGUGGCCUGAAGAUGAUGUACCGCUACGACGAGGAGCAGAUCAACAAUUUGGUGAAUCUGGUGUCCUGUAAAGCCAUGAAGAGUUCAGCGGAAAGCUGUAACGGCUCCAGUCCUAACAAAACCCCGACCAAGCGCCGCCCGAGGAAGAGCGCCUCCUUAGAGCUGACUCUCACCCGCUUGGGCAAAAACGCCACCGUGGUCGUCUCAUGAGAGAGAAAGAGAGAGAGAGAGACGUCCUGCUCUGAGCUCCUGAGAUCUUUUAACUAAUCACCUCUCUCUCACCCUGUCUCCGUCACGCUGUCUCUCUCAGACACGGAUCUUCUGCCUCCUACAGUACAGCGAAACUUGCUGCGUGCGAGCGAGCUGCCUUUUUUGCACUAGAGCGAAAGAAGGUUUUCUUUGGAUUUGUUUUUUUUUUAUAUAUAUUUUUUUAUUUUAGUUAGCAUUAAGCUCCAUACUCCCCGGUCUGAUUACUGGAGCUAGACAGAUGUCGUCCUCUCGCACGAACCCUUUUCUUUUUUUUUUUUUUGUUCUUUUUUCCUCCUCAUCCUCGGCCCUGUCGACUGCAUACACACUCAGCCUGAACUGUGAAUUGAGACACGUUGGUGCUCCUCUUUUUGUUAUUUUUUUAUUUCUGUGUCAAGAUUCCAGAGACGCAAAUGCCGUUCGCUCGGCCUGGACUGCUUAGUUCUGUUUUUGUUUGUUUGUUUUUCUCUUUUUUUUAAAAAAAAAAAAAACAAAAACUGUUUUUAAACGACUGAGUUUGACCUCUUUGAGUUGGAUGCAAAGGCGAGGUAACACUUGAAAGCGAGACUUGUUUUCAUUUCGUUUUUUAAACAUGGGAUGGUUUUAAUGCGACGGGUGGGGACGUGACGAGCUCCUGCGCUGACACUAGCUUACCCGUGCCUGAUCUUCAGCCGAGGAGCCUCCCGUCUGAUUCUUUGGUGCUGUUUUAUUUUUAUUCGUUUUUUUUUUUUUUUUAAACAUCAUACACAAAGCAAAGGUAAAUGAAAACGCUGCCUUCGGUGGCUUUCCACUUCGACAUGUGCAAUCGUGUUAACAUUCCACACUUCCUGACUUAUCAUUUCAUCUGCACCAGUUAACAUUAAUUAUUAUUAUUAUUAUUAUUACUGUAAUUAUUAUUAUUUGUGUUUUUUGACCAUUAUUUCUUCCACAUUUUGGAUGAUCUCAAGUAGAGCCACUAGGCAAAGAGUGUAUAAUGUGAAAUUGAUUUUUUCUUCUUCUUCUUCUUCUUAUUUUUGUCUUAUGAGCGAUUUCUCAAAGGAUCCCAUAGACUUUUUUUUUUUUUUUUUUUUGUACAUAAUCCUGUAAAUGUCUUUAAAUACUUGAGCCGCUGCGUCGAGGUGCCAGAAAGAGGAAACGAAACGAAAAACACGUGAUGAAGAAACAGCCUUACCUUUCCGUUUCUUCAUCCGACCGGUGUGUGAGAGUGUGUGAGAGUGUGUGAGAGUGUGUGAGAGUGUGUGAGAGUGUGUGAGAGUGUGUGAGAGUGUGUGAGAGUGUGUGAGAGUGUGUGAGAGUGUGUGAGAGUGUGUGAGAGUGUGUGAGGGAGAGAGAGAGAGACGCGUACAGGGUUCCUCUGGCAUUGUGGAGAAAAUCUGAAGUGCUGCUUAUAUCGCUGAUAAAUAAGAUAUGGAGUAGCGAUGCCCCCCCCUCCCCCCUCACCUUCAUCCCAGGUUACUUGGUUUUGUUUUUUAGCUUUACUUUUUUAAAGAAAAGGGAGGAAAAAAAAAAAAACCUAAACAAAAAAAAAAAAAAAAGGUUUUUACAUUUUCAUUACUGAAAAUUCAAUGAUGAUGUAGCUACUCAUGUUGCACUGAGCUUGCCAGUGGUGACUGUCAAGGAAAAAAAACAAAAACCCUAUAAUCCAGUUUGAUGGUUGUCGUCCUUUCCAGAAGACUGAACUGUUUUAGGACUAUUUAAUGAAAACAAAGUCAGGUUUGUUUGUUUUUUCAACAGGAAUAAAAACGCGGUUGUU